ACUUCCCGGUGCGCAGCCAUAUUAUUCCCUUCCGGAUCCUCGCUUCCUGCCGAGACGUAACUCGUUCAGAAAUGUGAGUAUCGACAUCUCAUGGGUUCCGCUGUGGAAAUGGCCUCUCGUCUAGUCACCCACCUAUAAAUGCCAAAUGAGCUGCUGUUUUUUGGAGUCGGCCGAAAGAAGAUAGCCCCGUCUGAACCACUACCCGGGAGUAUUGGGAAGUUCGUUACGGUAAUUCGAGGAGUGACUAGGCAGAAAAACAAUGCCACAUUUCCUGUGGCCAGAACCGCUGUCACCUGCACAACUCAAGCGGUUGGAGGAGCACAAAUACAGCGCCUCUGGUCGAUCCCUGUUUGAGCCACCGUGUCAAAUCUACUGGAACUGGCUCGUCCAGCAAACUCCGAUAUGGAUCGCACCAAACACUCUGACUAUUGUUGGACUGCUGGUCAAUAUCCUCACCACGGUGGUGCUUGUGUAUUAUUGUCCCACUGCAACAGAGGAGGCUCCAGCAUGGGCCUUCAUCAUGAGUGCUCUGGGUCUGUUCAUCUACCAGUCUCUGGACGCCAUUGACGGGAAGCAGGCCAGGAGGACAAACACCAGCUCAGCUCUGGGGGAGCUCUUCGACCACGGCUGCGAUGCUGUCUCCACAGUCUUCGUUGCUGUGGGAACAUGCAUUUCGUGCGGAAUAGGAAGACUCCCAGACUGGAUUUUCUUCUGCGGUUUUAUUGGGAUGUUCAUGUUCUUCUGCGCCCACUGGCAGACCUACGUGUCCGGGACCCUCCGCUUUGGCCUGAUUGACGUCACAGAGGUGCAGAUCGCCAUCACGAUCAUGUAUGUGAUGUCGGCUUUCGGAGGCGUGAGCCUUUGGCAAAGCACGUUGCCCAUCAUUGGACUGAAGCUGUACGUCUUCCCUAUCAUUGGCAUCAUCGGCGGCGCCCUCUACUCCUGCUACAACUACUUCUAUGUCAUUUUGAAUGGAGGCGUUGGCAAAAACGGCUCAACUGUGGCUGACACCAGUGUGCUGAGUCCUGGUUUGCACGUCGGCCUCAUCCUCACCUUGGCCUUCAUCAUUUUCAAGAAGUCGUCCAGCCAGCUGUUUGAGCUCCACCCCUGUCUGUACCUGCUCACCUUUGGCAUGGUCAUGGCCAAGAUCUCCAACAAGCUUGUGGUCGCACACAUGACCAAGAGUGAGUUGCACCUCCCGGACACGGCCUUCAUAGGCCCCGGCCUCCUCUUCCUCAACCAGUACUUCAACAGCUUCAUCGAUGAGCACAUAGUCCUCUGGAUCGCCAUGGUCUUCUCCCUUCUGGAUCUAACGCGCUACUGUACGGGCGUGUGCCUCCAGAUCGCCUCCCACCUGCGCAUCCGAGUCUUCAGCAUCACGCCACCGAGCCACGGCCACCGCGACUGAAGGCUUGCCCGGCGGGAGGAGGCGGGGGGGGACGCAGACCUCUCCCCGCUCCUGAAAGCAGACGAUGACGAGGAGAGACCCUCCUCAACCCCGAGCCACUGCAGCCUUGACAAAGUGACCACUUCUGAUUAAAACUGCCUCUCCGACAAGAUGGAAAAAUACAAAAAAAUAAAAACAACUCAAAACUAUAAACCAAACCAAACCAAAACAAAAAAAAGAAGAAAAAAAAGUUUUGAAAAGCAUGGAUCUAUUGAAUGGGAAAUUCCCUUGAAUUCCUCAUUGGCUGUUGUAGCCAAUACGUUUUAAUUUAGACAUCAUUGCAUGUUGUCAGAAAAUAGUUUAGAUUUUUACAUCCUGCUUAUUCAACUCAAUACCAAAAUGUUUUCUUCAACGGGUACUUUAUAAUUUGGGCAAAUAUCGGAGCAUUUUAAGAAAGUUCUAUUAAUCAUUUUGUUUUUAUUUAUUAAAUGAAUGUGACCCAAUCUGACAUGAAUCGGGGCUUGAAAAUGCAGAUUCAAUUUUUUUUAGAUGACCUUUAAAACCUCAAAUAAUUCCCAAUGAAUUUUUGAAAUGUGGACUGGCAAGUUGUCAACGUGCAACGUGACUGGGGUAACGGUCUGUGUUAGUGCUGAAAACGACGACUGGAUUUCUAUCAGGCCUCUCUUACAAAUAACUUCCUAUUUAUAUUCUCUGUUAUUCAUCUCAUCCGACAGUCCUGGAAAAUAAAGAAAUAAACACCUCAACUCUGGCCUUUUUAGAGCGCCGUCGACUAAUGAAGCAUUAACACAUGACUUGUUCUGCUUUCUCUGUUCUUCUCCCUGAAGGGCUAAUAGUUAAUUAUUUGUGAUUGUACAGAAUUCUACUGAAAAACGCCUUAAGUAUUUUUGUUGUAAUUACUGUUUAACUUGUGAAUAUUUAAAACAGCUUUGUAUGUGUUUUGUUUGUUUAGUUUUUUUGUUUUUUUUGGGGUUUUCCACUACAGUCAUCAAACCAGAUGCAACAAUAGGAAUAAUACAAUGCUACUGGAACUGUUCACUCAUAACGUUUCUUCACUUACACAAAUGUAUAUUAUGUAAAGGUGAGCGAUUCAUUUGGUUCUUGAAGAUUUGUUGGAUUAUCAGUUGUCAUCUGACUGACGCAUUAUUCAGGUUUCAUUUCAUCAAAAGGGAUAUUUCUGUAGUGCCGAUAAACUAUUUUAAGGGUAAAAGACAAUUGUACUCUAAUAAAAUGAUCUUCCUCUUAGGAAAUUAAAGAGGAGGCAUGUCCUAAAAAUGAUUUCUUUUUGAUUUACGAUGGACCUUGGAACUAUGCAUUGACAUGUACAACCUUGAUUUCAACACCAUGUUGCACUGUUCAAUAAUCCAGUUAAACACAUUUGUACUAAUAGAUAAUGUCUGAGUGGAAAAAAAAUUGUAAUAAAGAAAAUAUUUUUCA